AUGACUGAUCAUGCUAUGUGGUAUUGGAAAACAAAUUUGAAUCCAUGGUCAACAGAAGAAAUAGCCAAAUGGGAUACAUACUCAGACAUUGAAAAUGAAAUUAUAGAAGCUGCUUGUACGAAGAAACUUCAGACGGUCGAAAUAGAUGACUAUAUCAUUGAUUUAAAGAAAAAUAUUCAGAUUAGUAUAAUCGACAAGACGAAACAGCGACCAAUAAAACGUGUUGUUCGUGGCAAUCGUGAACCGGAACUACUCAGACGUGAUCGAUUCUUUCUACCGACUCAGUCCGUAAAUAUACCGUCAUUUCGACCUCCUAAUAGAUGUAGAGGCCAGGGAUCCGAGUUUAUCGACUGUUGGAAAGCGGAUGUUCGUUCUGCGGUGUAUGACGACAUUCCACAAGUCCUUGAGUUGGCUGCAGCAGGCAUAGUUGAAGAAGGGGCGAAAUUGGGUAAACAAUGUGAAGCUGCCUGGAUUGCAAAUAGUCUGAGAAAUAUGAAAAAGAAGCCAGAAAGUGAAAUUUAUAAGCAUUGCGCUUGGUUGUAUACUAGAGAAUGCUUUCUGUACAAACUUUUGAAUCAGGUUUUAAGAGAACAUGACGUGAGCAAAAUUAGUACACUUGGCCCAUUUACUUAUCUUUUGCAUCAGUAUCUCAAAUCAGAAACUGGUUAUGGUCCUUUACAACCAAUCAAUAAGAGACUACAAAAUUUGGUUUAUAGAGGUGGCAAUUUAACGUCGGAGAUGAUAAACUGUUAUAAGAUAGACGAAUGUGGUCAUUGGCCUGCAUUUACGUCAACAACAAAAAAUCGUUCAAAAGCAGAAAAUUUUGGAAACACGCUGUUUAUUAUCGAUUUAACGUCGAUACCGGUUGGUGCUGACCUAACAUCGAUAUCAUCAUUUCCAGAAGAAGAAGAAAUUUUAUUAUCAGCUACAACAUGUUUCUUUAUAACGAAUGUUGAAACGAGUAGCGAUGGGAAAACAUUAAUUUACUUACGUUGCAUCGCUAAUUGGAGUUAA